CGGUAGGAGGAGACUGUGCUCUGUCUUCCGUGUUUCCCUACUAUGUCCUAAUUGCACUUCGCUCUAGUACCUUUGUGCACGUUUCGAUGCCAUCCCUCUGCUUUUAAAUCUUCAUUAGCGAUAAACAAGCGGGUUUUAGAAUAUUUUUGCUCGUUGUGUGCCCCCCCUCGCAGCGUCUUCACUAACAAACACUAUCUGGUAGGAGUCGACUGCUUCAUCCAUGCAUUGGAGUCCCGGGCCCCAGCGUACCGGCUCCGGCUCCAGCCAUGUCGGCCAGGAAUGCAACGGCUACCGGCGGUGACAGAGCGGUAGGCGAACCGGCAGAUGAUGUGCUGGUUGAGGAAGAACAAAGUACUUCUGUGUCUCUGCCCAGCCUGAUGACCCCACCCUCAGCUGCUGGUAUGUCCCUGAGCAUGGAGUUAACCCGAAAGCGCAAGGGCAGCGUGGACAACCAAGAUUCAAAAUGUGUUUCAGUCCCUGAUGUAGAUAUGGAGGAUGACCAAAACAGGUCAGAUGGAGAGGACCAACAUGUCAAAGUUAAAUGCUUCAGGGAGCCACAUAGCCAAAUUGAGAAGAGGAGACGGGACAAAAUGAACACUCUGAUUGACAAGCUCUCAGCCAUGAUCCCCACCUGUAACCCCAUGUCUCGCAAGCUGGACAAACUCACUGUUCUUCGAAUGGCAGUACAGCACCUCAAGUCUCUCAAAGGUUCAGCAAGUUCUUUUUCUGAAGCCAACUAUAAACCAUCAUUCCUUCCUGAUGAGGAGCUUAAACACCUUGUUCUCAAGGCUGCAGAUGGGUUCCUGUUUGUAGUGGGCUGUGAUCGUGGGAAAAUAGUUUUUGUCUCAGAGUCUGUCACGAAGAUAUUAAAUUAUAGCCGGGCGGAGCUGAUUGGGCAGAGCCUGUUUGAUUACAUACACCCAAAGGACAUGGGAAAAGUGAAGGAGCAGCUGUCCGCUUCUGAAUUAUAUCCUCGUGAACGGCUAAUAGAUGCUAAAACCGGUCUGCAGGUUCAGGCUGACCUUCCAAUCGGUGCAGCACGGUUGUGUUCAGGUGCUCGUCGUUCAUUCUUCUGUCGCAUGAAGUAUAACAAAAUUUCUGUCAAAGUGGAGGAGAAGGAAUCCCAGGGAAACGCCUCCAAAAAGAAAGAGUCGCAGAAGUACUGCACAGUCCACUGUACAGGCUACAUGCGCAGCUGGCCGACCAGUCAGCUGGGAGCAGAAGGGGAGGGUGAAGUGGACAAGCAGGAAAGCUCCCACUUCAGCUGUCUAGUGGCGGUGGGACGCGUCCACAACCACUCAUCUCCCCAGGUUAACGGAGAAGUCCGAGUUAAACCCACAGAGUUCAUCACGCGCUAUGCCAUGGAUGGCAAGUUCACCUUUGUUGAUCAAAGAGCGACGACCAUUCUAGGUUAUCUUCCCCAAGAAUUGCUCGGAACAUCGUGCUACGAAUACUUCCAUCAAGAUGACUUACCCCAUUUAGCAGACAGACAUCGAAAAGUGCUGCGGAGUAAAGAAAAAAUAGAGACAAACUGCUACAAAUUCAAAACAAAAUAUGGCUCUUUUGUCACUCUGCAAAGUCAGUGGUUUAGUUUUGUAAAUCCAUGGACCAAAGAACUAGAAUAUAUAGUGUCAACUAACACAGUCAUCUCAUAUGAUCCCAGUCGAGCAGGUCGGUCAGGAAAUAAAUCUGAACAGUCGAGCAAUCCCAAGGCUUCUGAAGACUGUAAAAAGUCUCCUCCUAUUAUACCUGGCAUUUCCAGCACACCUGGGACUAUGAUAUAUGCCGGAAGCAUAGGAACCCAGAUUGCCAAUGAGCUGCUGGAUUUCAACAGGACAAACUCAUCACCUUCCAGUGGUAACGUCAGUCCCUUCAGUCUGCCACAGGACAAGUCCCCACAAAUUCACAAUCAAAUCAGCAACAGCGUCCCAAAUGGAGAAACAUCAGACAUGGAAAUACCAGGAAAGUCCAGCUCGGAGAGUGAGCCUCAAGGAGCUGCAUUCUCAGGAGGAGAGACGCUUAUGGGAGAAAAUUCCCAGUUGGAUUUGGAGAGCGUGGUUGGACCAGGCCUGAAUAGCCUCAGCAAUGAUGAAGCAGCUAUGGCAGUGAUCUGGAGCCUUUUGGAGUCGGAUACAAACUUGGGAGAAGCUGUGGACUUUGAAGAGAUGCACUGGUCCUUAUAGAAUCUGCAUUACAAUGUGGAAAACACCCGGAUCCUCAUUUUGGAGAUGGCAGAAACUGCUUACUCAAAGGAGCAGGAUUCUGUUUUUGUUUUAUUUUUUAUUUUGUUUUGUUUUGUUUCGUUAAAAUUUAAUAUAUUAGUUACUCUUCUCCACAUAAGCUGUCUAGUAUUUGGGUGGCUGCUCAAAAAGGAGCAGAAUCAGCAACAUUAAGGGACACCUGCUUUCCCUCUUCAGAAAGAGGAUGUGCCUCUUAAACGUUGCAGCUGCCCGCCCACUCACCUUGAAACGCUGUUCCUCUCCUCUCUGCUUUCUUAAA